GAUGAUACAGUUCAUUUUUGUUCUCUCCACCCUGAUCUCAAUCACAGAGCCCAGUAACGUGUUCGGAUUGGUUAACAGUUCUGUUAAACUGGACAUACAGCAUCCUGUAACAAAGAAGGAUGACUUAUUCUGGGUGUUUAACGAAACCAAAAAUGUUUUAAAAUAUAAUAAAAAAUAUAAUGAUAUUACACCCUCUACAUUUUAUGAAGGCAGAGUGGAGUUCAAUAAGGAAACCUACAGUCUGACACUGAAGAACUUACAGAAGACUGAUAGUGGACUGUAUAAAGCAAAAGCGUCUGGUGAUGUGGACAGAGUUGUUGCUGAGUACAGACUCUCUGUGUUGGAUCCAGUGGAGGCUCCAGACCUGACUCACCAGCUAAGCAGAGACACCUGUAACAUCACUCUCACCUGUAGAGGUCAUGACCUCUCUAUCAACUCCAGCUGUUACAAGGAAACCUGCGAGAAGAAGGAAGUGACAUCACCUGAAAACAUCACCCUUUCCCUGUCUGUCAGUGGCAGCACCAUCAUCUGUAACCAUAGCAACCCAGCCAGCUGGAAGACAGAUGUUUUGGAGAUGAGAGAACUUAAACGACACUGUGCUGAUGAAGGUUCAGUUUCUCCCUCUGCUGGUGAACCUGUGUGUUUGCUGAAGACUGCACUGUAUUCCAUCAGUCUAAUUCUCAUGCUCUGCAAUUUAUUAUAGCUACUAUAUAUAUAUGCCUCGUAUCUCGGAACCAGAACCAAACAUAUGUCAAAGUCAUUUUAGGUCAUUUCUUUUGGUCUAUUCAUCAUGAAAUUUACGUGCAAUUCAAAGAGCAACAGGCAUUUUCAAAUUAUGUCAAAAACUGAAAAAGGUCAAAAGUGGAGGUUUUGUCAAAAGAGGUUUUCUACAUUAAAACCUAAAUACCGCACAAAGUACCAAGCAACAGCCAGAAAAAAACAGCUGUUUGAUCAAAUUGGCACACAGUAAAUCUGUCACUUUUGUAGUUUGUAUUAAGCACAGUUAGCAUGACUUAAACACAAUACCCAUCCACUUACAACAGACACAGACAACGCUUUCUCCCUGCACCAGGUCUGCACCUUCAGCUUUGUCAGUCUCCUUUAGCUUCUUUCUCUCCUUCUCCUAACCUGUAUUUAAUAAUACUGUGGCACUGGUGCACAACAAAACACAGGAAACAUUGCCCUUACAGUUCUUUUAUUGAACAGACAGCAAAAGGAAAACUCCACUUCAUGGUAGACAUUUUAAUCCACUCAAUUAAACCUACAACCCGACACAGCAUCACAGAAAUAAUACAUUAACACAUCUACAACUUACAAUCAACAAACAUAGCCCUUUCUGUUGAGCCCCUAAGGCAGUGCAGCCUGUGGUAAAUGCCACAAUACAUUUUUUUUUAAAUUAAAUUUACAUGAACUCAAUCAAUGCGAUAACGUUAUUUCUGUCUCUGUCAUUCAUUCACACAUUCACAGUCUCACUAUGAAGUGAAGUAAACUAGUUGGCUUGUCAGCUAGCUAGCUAAUGUGAGUGUUAUCCAAACCACUUUUCUUUCCUUCAUUUAAAUCUAAAGUUACCUAGCUAGCUAAUUGAGUAAAAACCUGACAGCUAUACUCACCAUAAUUUGCUUCAAAUCCAUAUUGUAGGUGGAUAUUCACUUUGUAACUACUGUUUCACUCUGUAUAUUCUGGACUUUGAAUAAAGCCUAAUGUUUGUUUAGGGAAGCCUUUCCCCAGAAUCCUGACUUUAGCUUAAGUAAUUGCCAGUUUACAUUAAUUUGCAGAGCAAAUUCCCCAGGCCUGAUAGAAUUGGCUUACAACUUAUGACAUCUGAUAUGAUUGGCUGAUCCAGGGUUCCACUUUUCAUGUUAUGUAUACAGAAAUCUGGUAGCACAGCAGAGGCAGUGCUGCCAUACAGCAUAUAUUGUGAUUUAAAUUUAAAUUAGUAAUACACAAUUAUUUGGAGAAGGGGGCCCCCCUAAAACUGGCUUAGCAACACCUGUGUUGUUUAGUAGGUUCUUUAGUUUUUCCCAAAAUGAAACAAACACACAUUAGGGUCUCUGUUUCCAUGAACAACAUUUCCUACAACAAACGCUGCAUCUACAAGGCAACCAGCUUUGUGGAUGACUCCUCCCACCUCUCUUCUAAACUUUUCAUCCUCCUGCAGGUAGCAGGUACUUCUCUCACAGAAGGUACCAGAGCAUCUGUUACAUCAUCUCCAGACUCUGCAACAGCUUUUUCCCCAAGGCGGUCAGAUAACUUAAACGCAUUAUACCUUUGCAUCUUUUGUGUAAUAUUAUCAGGCCCAAUAUUUUAUUAUUUUUUUAUUUCUCUAUUUAUUGGUGCUGAAUCUAUGAUUUUCUCUUCUUGUCAUAUCUUCCCUAUCAGAAAAACUGAAACAAUAUCCAUAAAAACCAGUUGAAAAACAGACCUGAGAUGUGUUCAGUACAAUGCUGUUUUUCAAGCUUCAGAUAAAAA